AUGUCGCAGAUGAGCGAAAUGUCCGAGGUGUUGCACCCGCUCUCCAUGGGAUCUACCACGGUGACAGGCCUGCCGGGCGCACAUCUCGCCAGGCGAUUGAGCAGCAUGUUCCGGCCCUUUCUCCCCAAGUCCAUGGCUGAGACACAAAUCUGCUCUGGGGAUCGAACGAAGCAAUCGCCGGCCUCCUGUCCGUACCUUCAGAGGCACUUCGCAGACGACAUGCGUUCGCUUGAUAGUCUUCUGGGUAGAAUUUGCCCGGUGACUGGCAAUGCUGCCAAGAUGGAGUCGGACUGGGCUGAGAAGAAGCGGGUCGACUUCGAGGCACACGAGGCAACCCUCGAUCCUAAAAGGACCGAGAUUCGCACGAUUUCACUUUGCGAUUUCAGUUUGAGCCAGUGUCUCCGACCCAGGUAG